AGUCGAGCUGUGGUCACAGACGUUCACUUUUGUGUGAUGCAGCUCAUUAGAGAAGGGCAGAGCUCAAUGCCCCCGAGGAAACGAUGAGCGUUGGUUUAUCGGUGGGGACAGGAAAACCACGCUGUCUCGCCGGGUUUGUUCCAGGCAGCUGACCCAAUAAGAAGCCUUCGUCUCCUGUGGUUCUGACUGCCUGACAGAUCAAACAUCCCUCUGCUGCAGUGUAUUCAACUCCCCCCUCCCCCCCCAGAGUCAAGGACAUAAUGUGACACAUCUCGAUCCCUGACUGACUAACUGACUUACACUGGGGCCACCAUGCAGGAGUGUCACACUGGACUGUGUCUGUCUGUCUACAUCAUUACCUUUGUGCUGGGCUUCCCGGCCAACAUCCUUGCCUUUUACACUUUCUGCAAGAAAGUGAGGCAGAAACCCACACCGAUUGACAUCCUGCUCCUCAACCUGACCAUCUCUGACCUCCUCUUCCUCCUCUUCCUGCCCUUUAAGAUGCAGGAAGUGAUGAACAACAUGUUGUGGGACAUGCCCUACGUCCUCUGCCCGCUGUCUGGCUUCAUCUUUUACAUGACCAUCUACAACAGCACCUUCUUCCUCACUGCGGUCAGCAUAGAGCGCUACCUGGGUGUGGCUUUCCCCAUCCAGCACUCCAUGAGGAGGAGACCUGUGUACGCCGUUGCUGCCAGCAUCUUCUUCUGGAUUUUCUCCAUUGUCCACCUGAGCAUUGUGUUCAUUGUGCCCUUAAUCGGCUCUGAAGACCCGAAUAACACCUUAGGCCACAAUGCCUCAAGCAGCUUUGGCAAUGGUUACAAAAAUAAGGAAGUGUGUUAUGCGAAUUUCACAGAGGCUCAGUUGAAUGUCCUCCUGCCCGUACGUUUGGAGCUCUGUGUGGUACUUUUCUGCAUCCCUUUCCUGAUUUGCAGUUUCUGCUACAUCAAUUUCAUCAGGAUUCUCUCUAAGCUGCAGCACAUUGACCGGCGCCGGCGCCUCCGGGCCAUUGGCAUGGCUUUAGGAACACUGCUAGUUUUUGCUUUAUGUUUUGGCCCCUACAAUGUCUCGCACAUUGUGGGUUUUAUUACAUGGAAAAGCCCUGACUGGAGAGACAAGGCCCUGCUGUGCAGCACCUUCAACGCUUGUCUAGACCCUCUUAUUUUCUACUUCUCCUCCUCUGCUGUAAGAGGGAGUGUGGGUAGUGUGGUGGAAGCGGUUAAAAUUCACCUAAACAGGUGCAUGUCUUGUCACAUGUUCCGGGGCUUGGGGUGGGGAAUUAGCAAGACUGCAAAAGAUAAGGAACACAAACAAGAGGAGACCAAUACUAUCUGAGCUGACUGAAAGGGAGCAAUGGGCAGCUGCAUUCACUAAUUUGUUUUUUUACAUCCCUGGAAGCAGGAAAUUAAUGCCAUGUUUAUGUUUUUACACGUGAGAAAAUGAAUUGGCAUACUGUAAACAGUGCAGCGAGUCUGUUUGACUCUGUUGAACCUCCUGUUUGGAAACAUGACCAAAGAGGAAACCUUCUGUCUGUCUGAGCAGUACACAGCAGUUUUUAUGCAGUGUAAUCUUUGAACCCACAGAGACAAGCUACUUUGAACUGUCACAUUCAAAUGAAAAAUGUCUCUUUAUCAAUCACAGAAUGUAGCAAACUUUAUCAAAUGCAGUAAAGUGUUGCGAAGCUCUGUGGGUAAAGACAAUGAAAAUGCAUUUCUAAGCAACAGCUUUGGGUGUCAUCUCUGACCAAUUUCCUUCUAGCUUUAACCAUGUACAUGUCAACUGUUUAAAAUAACUUGCGCAUUAUGCGUCAGCUAUUCUGAGAAAAAACAGAGAACUGUGGUGUGAGAUCUGAAAGAUGAUUCAAGCAUGUUGAAACUGAUAGGGCUCUGUAAAUAUCUGUAAUAUGUAGCUAAUAUGCACUUUGCUUUUUAUAUGGAUAUUUGUGUACUUUGUAUUUUGUCUUACAUGAUUAUGGACAUUCUCAAGCAGAUAAAUUUAUAUCAUAUUGUGAUUAGAGGCA